AUGAGGUUUGCUAUUGAGGAGAUUAACAACUCCACAACUCUUCUGCCCAAUGUUUCUCUGGGAUAUGAGAUUUUUGACCACUGUACUGACACAAAAAACUUACCUUCAGUCUUUAGUUUCAUCUCGAAGAAUGGCUCAAUAAAACCUAAAGAGAAACUCAACAACUAUCAGCCUAAAGUGAUUGCCUUAACAGGGCCAUAUGGAAGCACACGCACUAUUACUAUUGCACCAUUAAUAACAAUGGACAGUAUACCAUUGGUGAAUUAUGGCGCUUCUAGCUAUGCAUUAAGCAAUAAGCUUCAGUAUCCUUCCUUUAUAAGAACAAUUCCUAGCAACAAAAACCUGAUAGAGAUGAUUAUCCACAUUAUACAGUGGUUUGGAUGGAACUGGGUCGCCUUUCUUGGUAGCCAAGAUGAUUACAGUUCAGAUGGACUAAAACUGUUUAACAAUUACAUCAGCAAUACUGGCAUUUGUUUGGCCUAUCAAGAGGCUUUUAGCCAAAAGACAAACUACAGUCUAACACUUAAAAAGAUUGAUAUGCUUAACAUCAAAGUUGUUGUUGUUUUUGCUGUUCCACAAUAUGCAAGCAACAUUAUCAAAACUGCCAUAGCAAACAACAUCCAAGACAAAGUAUGGAUUGCGAGUGAAACCUGGGCUAUGAACCAGCAGCUUCCAAGAGAGCCAGGAAUUGGGAAAAUUGGCACAGUCAUUGGCAUUACAGAGAGAUUGUUGACAUUACCUGGAUUUGAUAAGUUCAUCUAUAAAGAAAGAGAAAUAAUUAAAGCUUAUAGCAAUGUCAGUGACAUCCAGUGUGAGAGUAAGACAUGUAAUCAAGACUGUGAUUACUGCACAUCAUUGAGCGCAGAGGAGAUUAUAAAUGAAAAUCCCACAUUCUCUUUUGCCAUUUAUGCUGCCAUAUAUACCAUAGCACAUGCAUUACAUAAUGUUUUGCAGUGUAACAUGAAUGAAUGCCACAAAAACAUAACAGUUAGGCCAUACAUGCUUCUGGAACCAAUUAAGAAGUUGGAUUUCUCACUUAAUGGCCGUCAGGUAAAAUAUGAUGAUAAUGGUGAUCCAACCAUCAGUUUUGCGGUUGUACUUUGGAAUACUGAAACAAAUCCUCCACGUUUUGAAAUGGUGGGCACGUAUGAUACAUAUCCAGAAAUGACUUUUACUAUCAACAACUCUCGCUUUCCCUGGCAUAACAGUGGUUCUGUUCCAUUCUCAAACUGCUCUGUGGAGUGCAAAGAGGGUUUUUCGAGGAAACAUGAUGGAUAUCAUAGUUGCUGUUUUCUGUGUAUAAAGUGUCCACGGAACAGCUAUGUGAAUUAUUCAUGUGAGUAUUUAAAGCAAUAGAUGACAAAACAGG